AUGCGGUUUAAUGCAUUCUUUAUAGUGGCAUACACUCUCCAUCAACUACAGAGUCGACAUGCCAUUCUGCGCGAUCACUUUGAGAUGUGGCAGAGUAUCAAGGACAACAGCGGCUUUGGUUUCGAUGAGGACGUUGGGGUCCCUACUGAGAUGUACCAUGUCUGGGACGAGCUCGUCGAAGGCUUGCAGGAAGAAGAAUGCCCGUGCGAAAGCUAA